UAACUUUUGAAUUUUGUAUUGAUCGUUUUGAUCAUUUGGUUUUGUGACUUUGAAUGGAAUAUUAUUCUUUUGUUUUUUUUUUUUUUAAAAAAAAAUACAUGGAUGGAUUUCUGUCACAUGGUGCGCAUUACCCACCCUGCGCAAGUUAGAUAGCUCACCUCCACCUCUACUCGUCCUGUUAACUUAAAACUGACAAGACAACCUUUCGUUCUCUCCCUCUAUUCGGAUCCGGACCGACCCGAAUAGCAAAACAUGGAUCGACUCAAGUCGCAGCGCCGGGUCCAAAUCGACGAUCCCCAAUCUCCCAAUUUUGACGACGACGAAACCCUAGACAACGAAAAUAGUGGGGGAGGAAGGAGAUUGAGACCCUCCGGGAGCAAUGUCUCCGAAGAUCAGGAACCCUUCAUGGGCGUCAAGGUUCGAAGAAAAACUUCUUUCCACAGAGAGUACAGAGGAGACUACAUCGACAUCCCUUCGCAUUCAUAUUUGUUGAAACUCUUACAAAAACAUGGUGACAAUCAAGUUCUUUUUGCUGAUAAAGUUUUGAAGUUUACUGGUAGUGGGAAGAUGAAAAGGAGGAUUUUGUUGAUUACUGACUUGGCCAUAUAUAUGGUUGACCCGGAGACGAAUACACUAAAACGGAGAAUAGCCUUGGCUGCUGUUGAAAAGAUGUGCUUGAGUGAACUAAGUGAUAAUUUUUUCGCUAUUAUUGUUCCUGCAGAAUAUGAUUUGCUCAUGGCUAGUACUCGGAAGACUGAGAUUGUUACUGUGUUAGCUGAAUCGGCUAAGAAUGUUUGUAACUACGAACUUGAGGUAGCUUUCUCUAACAGUUUUGAGUAUCAUGCAGGUGCUGAAUUUGUGAAAGAAAUUCAAUUUGAGGAAGUUGAAGGUGGUGUGAAAACCAGAAUUGUGAAAAAAUAAAUUUACUUAUACUUGAUGCUAAGAGUGUUUUGUAGAAUUCGUGUGGGAUUGCCUGAUUAUUGCAAAUAUCGAUUCUUUUUCUGUGCAAGUUAUGCUUUUUAUUUGUAUCUUCUUAUAAAUCCUAUCUCUAAUUAAAUAUUUUAACAUAUGUGUUUAAUUUGGCAUUAAAAUAAAUGUUGUGUUCCAGUAA